AUGAAGUGGCUUCCUGUGUUCGCGGCGCUGGCCCAGGCGAGCGCCCUCAACGUCGGCCCGGACUAUGCCCAUCCUCUCGAGGACCUCGACAAGGACCUCCCCUUUUCCCAGCCGGUGACUUUUGCUCACCUCGAGUGGCAGCGCUGUCUGGCUGCUUCGCAUGAUACGCCCCUCGAUAUCGCCAUUCUGGGUUUCCCCUACGACACCAGCACGUCGUACCGUCCUGGCGCCCGGUUUGGACCCCGGGGCAUCCGGGCGGGCUCGUCGCGGGAGAAGAAGGGCCGCAGCUACAACACGGUCUGGGGCGUGGAUCCGUUCGAGCAAGGGCUGAGCAUCGUCGACUGCGGCGAUAUCCCGCUGACCCCCUUUGACGCCGCCCACGCCUUCAAGCAGAUGGAACAGGGGUACCGCCAGGUGCUGUACCACGAGACCAACAAGACGACGGGCUGGGAGCACCCGCGCAUCAUUAGCCUGGGUGGCGAUCAUUCCAUCGUCCUGCCCAUCCUGCGCUCGCUCAAGACCGUCUACGGGCCCAUCUCCGUCAUCCAUCUCGACUCCCACCUCGACACCUGGGAUCCCUACGAGGGGUACACGGGCAUCGCCUCCGAGCAGUCGGCCAUCACUCACGGCACCUUCUUCUGGCACGCCUCGCGCGAGGGUUGCAUCAACAAGGGCGCCAGUGUCCACGGCGGUCUACGCACCAAACUCUUCGGUCCCAAGGAUUACGAGAUUGAUGAGAAGGUCGUCGGUUUCCACCGCAUCGAGGCCCACGAGAUCGAUGAGAUCGGUAUGGAGGGAAUCAUCAAGCGGACCCUUGACGUUGUCGGUGAUAACCCAGUCUACCUGUCUAUCGAUAUUGACGUGCUGGAUCCUAGUAUCGCCCCCGCUACUGGCACCCCCGAGUCGGGCGGCUGGACCACCCGCGAGCUGAAGAGGUACAUCAAGGGUCUCGAGAAGCUGAACCUCGUCGGCGCCGACGUCGUCGAGGUCAGCCCGCCGUACGACUCGGCGGCCGAGACGACCUCGGUGGCCGCCGCGGAUCUCAUCAUUGACAUUCUGGCUGCCAUGGCGAAGAACCGGGACGGUCUUCCCAAGAAGGACGGCGAGGCCAAGGAUGAACUGUGA